AUGUCUUCCGCCCAAAGCCGCGCUCUCGAAAUCAAUUCCCACCUGAACCCAAGCGGACGGGCAGGCCUGUUGGAGAAACGGCCAGAUGACAUUGUCGUCACCGCUGCUCUCCGCACUGCAAUCACCAGAGGCCGGAAAGGCGGCUUCAAGGACACCGCUGCCGCCGACCUGCUGCAUGGCGUCUUCACCCAUCUCAUUCAGCGCUCCGGCAUCGAUCCCAGCCUGGUAGAGGAUGUUUCCGUCGGUUCCGUCCUCGCCCCUGGCGGAGGUGCCACCGAGUUUCGCGCCGCCGCUCUUGCCGCCGGCUUCCCCGCCUCCACCGCCGUCAAGAGCUUGAAUCGCCAAUGUAGCUCCGGCUUGCAGGCGUGCGUGGAGAUUGCCAACGCCAUCAAGUCUGGCAUGAUCGACAUCGGCAUCGGGGCAGGCGUCGAGAGCAUGAGUCAGCAAUAUGGCCCGCAAGCAGUGACAGAAUUCAGCGACCUCCUCGAGGACAAUGCAAGCGCCGCGGAGUGCAAAGUGCCCAUGGGAGUUCUCAGUGAGCAGAUGGCGAAGGACAAGGGCGUCAGCAGAGCAGAUCAGGACCGCUUCGCCGCCAACAGCUACCAAAAGGCUCUCGCCGCGCAGAAAAACGGCUGGUUCGAUGAGGAGAUUGUGCCCCUCACCGUCAAAUCCGAAGAUCCCAAAACCGGAAAGACCACCGAAAUCACCGUGUCACGCGAUGACGGCGUCCGAGAAGUCACCUCCGAGAGCCUAUCCAAGAUCAAGCCCGCCUUCCACAAGAACGGCACCAUUCACGCGGGAAAUGCGUCGCAAGUCUCCGACGGCGCGGCAGCCGUACUGCUCAUGAAGCGAAGCACCGCGGAACAGCUUGGCCAGAAGAUUCUGGGGAAAUUCGUUGCUGCGUCGGUAGUCGGAGUGCCUCCUCUUCUCAUGGGAAUCGGUCCAUGGAAGGCUAUUCCCGAGGCUUUGAAGAAAGCCGGGAUAUCGAAGGACGACGUUGACAUUUUUGAGAUCAACGAGGCCUUUGCAUCGCAGUGCCUAUGGUGCGUCAACGAGCUGGGUCUUCCGAUGGAGAAGGUCAACCCGAAAGGUGGUGCCAUUGCUUUCGGUCAUCCUCUCGGAUGUACGGGCAGCAGGCAGGUCAGCACGCUGUUGUAUGAGCUGAAGCGUACAGGCAAGCAGAUUGGUGUCACGAGCAUGUGCGUGGGGACUGGCAUGGGAAUGGCCGCGGUAUGGGUGGCAGAGUAA